AAAAUUCCUGGCCGAUCCCCCAUUGAGUGCACUAGCCAUGUCCUUAAAAGCGCCUCAUCAUCGAUAACAGGAGCGCGUGCCUCACUUGCAGCGACAAGGAAGAAGCGAAAUCGAAGGAUCCAGGCUGACGUCCGAGUACUUCGCCCGCUAAGCCAGAGGUUCCGGUAGAGGCGCGCAGUCAUGCAGCAGCUGCAAGCGUUGGCCGUCGUGCUGUGGAAGAACCUGUGGGUGCAGCCGUUCCGGCAUCACUACGUCAGCACGGCGUCCGAGAUGUUCAUCGUGGUGCUGUGCUUCGGCGUCCUGUGGAACCACGAGAGGCCCGCGCCGGGAACCCUGAGGCGCUCCGCCGACGCGGUGCUCUACGACGAGGAGCCGGCUCUCGACGAGGCCUUCAUCGAACAAGAGCACGUGCUCGUCUACGGGCCGCGCUCCGCCUACGCGCAGGAUAUAAUGAGCGCCUUUCGUUCUACGAAGAGCAGGCGCAACAGCCCUGGAGUCCCGCAAAAGACAGGGCACAAAAUGGUUCACGUUGCCAAUGAAGCUGGCGAGGUGGCCCUCUUGUGCGCCGAAGUACGGCGUCAGUUCCACGGCCGCGACCAGCACGUGAUCUGCAUCGAGUUUGGCGAGGACACCCAGGGGACGAAGCUGCUCAACUACACGGUGCACGUGACCACCCAGCACAAAGGCGACUAUUCGCCUGGCGUGAAGUUUCCCUGGACAUUCCGGGAGCCGGCAGAAGACAUCGACGUUUAUGACCAUGUGCAGAAGAUAAUGGCUGUAGUGGAGACAAGGCACAUUGAGUUGCAGACGAGCAGAGAAUUUUCGUAUCAGGACAUCUUCGACAGACGCCACGUCGAGAAUUACGAGACAGACAUGCCUGGCAUUGAAGAGCUCAGGUUGAAGGACAAGAAGGAGCACUGGCCACACAAAGGAGCAGCGGAAGGGACCAUCGUGAAGGUCAGCCUCCGGCGAUUUCCACAUCCGAGCAUGCCGGACGACUCGGACAACUACCGGGCGAGGGUAUCAUACAUCCUGGGCAUCGCCUACCUGCUACCCUUCUGCAUGCGCCUCAAGGAGAUAGUCCAGGACAAGGAGACCGGCAUAAAUGAACUGCAGAUGAUCAUGGGCUUGUCUAGCCUGGUUCACACCCUGGGUCACCUCAUCACGGGAGUUGCACUGACAAUGCUAUACUCCGUCGUCCCCAUAUUCUGCAUGACCGUGCUGCCGAGUGGAGGACCUGCUGCCAACCACGCGUACCUCCAGGGUGCCAGUGUCACGUUGCUUCUGUUUGUGUUCUUCAUGUUUUCCGUGAUGCUGUCAUUCCACGCGCUCCUAGUCGCCACCAUCUUCAUAAACACAAGCAUGGCGGUCAUGUUUGGCGUGUUCUACUGGGUGGUUCUGACUCUGGCUGUGCCGCUGAUGAUCAUCGAUGGCAUCACGCCUUCGCUGGCGCAUUACGUGUUCACUUCAGAGUCCAGAAAGUACUACUCGUCUUACACGCCCUGUCUUGGCACUUACUGGAUCCUUAAGAUGAUAGGCAUCGCCGUUGACUUCGAUGGAGCUGCUGGCUGGGAUCUGUUCUGGACGUUCGCAUUUGGCUUGGACAGCAUCACGAUCGGCUACGUGGUCACCACGAUGGCCGAGAGUUUUGUCUUGAUGCUGUUUCUCAUCUGGUACCUAUCCCUAGUGCUUCCCUGGAACAGCAAGACACCGCGGCCUUUCUACUUCUUGCUGCAAGUCAGCUACUGGAUUCCCACAGAACAGAAUGCCCACUGUACCCGGUCUAAAUACAAGCGGAUGCACUCGCACCACGAGGAGCCACCUGAAACGGCGCUGGUCGUGGCCAGUAUUCGGGCGGUGACGCUGAAAUUCGGAAACUUGACAGCACUCGACUCCGUGGACCUCAAAAUCCUCGACAAGCAAAUCACCGUCAUCCUCGGUCACAACGCAGCAGGCAAGACCACCAUCCUCAAGACAUUGGCCGGCAUUGUGCGUCCAACAAGAGGAUGCAUUCAAGUUUGCGGCUAUGACAUGGUGACCCGUUCGUCUUUUGCGCGGAAGAAUAUCAGCUUCUGUCAGCAGGACGACGUAUUCUUCGCCGACCUCACUGUCUACGAGCACCUCAUCUACUUUGGACUGCUCAAAGGUGUUCCGUACUCGUUGAUCAAGCAGCGAGUCGAGGAAGUGCUCGAUGACCUUUACCUCACAGACAGCCAACACCAGCAGCCAUGCCACCUGUCCGGAGGCGUCAGAAAGAGGCUCAGCGUUGCCAUUGCUGUCGUCUUGCGUCCCAGGGUGAUCCUCCUGGACGAACCGUCAGCGGGCAUCGACCCGGAAAACCAGGGCGACCUAUGGGACCUGCUGCUGGACAUUCGACAGACGUGCGCGGUGGUCGUCACCACCCACGACCUGCAGGAAGCCGACGCGCUCGCUGACCGCCUCAUUAUAAUCGCAUACGGACGAGUGCUUUGCUCGGGAUCGUCAGCCUUCAUUAGGAAAAACUUCGGUCCGGGCUACCAGCUCAUCAUUAGCAAGAGCCAGGCGCCGUUCAACUUGGUGGAAGUGAUGAAGAUAAUCAAGAACACCGCACCCGCGGCUCAGGUGAAGGCCGUGCGCCCCGACGAAGUGGACAUCGAUCUGAAUGUGGUUGGCACCGAGGGCUUUGACGUCAUGUUCGCCCAACUCGAGCGGGCAUCCCGUUCUUUUGGGAUCAACGCCAUCUCAGUUACGGCCACUACCUUGGAAGAGCUGUUCGUCAGGAUCAACCUCAGCGAGCUGUCUGAACAUGAGCGGGGCGCAUGGUUGAACAAAGACGACGACGUCAGCACGGCCAGCUCGAUGGUCCACGUUCAACCCGAGUUUACGCGUACGCUGGCGGCGCUGCUGUCCAAGCGUGCCAUGUGCCUGACGCGAAGCUGGACCACGCUGGCGCUAAUGUGGGCCGCGCCCUUCGCCAUCUUCUGGGUGCUGCUGCUCUUCGAGAAGUCUGCAUUGCGCGGAGUCACACCGUUGUUCACCGACCGCGUCCUGGUGCCCUUGACGCUGGCCGGUGCGGAACUCGACGAAAUCGACUCCCCCGAGGCGUUCGUGCAGUUCGGUCGCGACCAGGUCAUACCGGCGGCCGCCUAUCGCGCCCUCGUCGAGCAGCACGGCGCCACGGUCACCACCUUCCUCGAUGCGCAGGAGCGGCUGCUGUUUCUGGCGAGCCAGGAUUUCGUCGCCUACUCGCAGCAGCUGCUCGUCGGGGCUGUGUUCGACGAGAACGGCACCGUGGAGGCCUGGUUCAACCAGUACCUGCGCGGCGGCAAGGCCAUCGCCAUGAGCAUGGUGCACACGGCCCUGCUGCGCAACUUGACCGAAAGCAGCAAGGAAGUGCCGCCGGGAUUGGCGCCCGCCGCGCUGAUCUCCUCGUCAGAGUCCGUGGUCGAAGGCACCUUGGGCAGCCUGGAGCUCGUGGUGUCGGCGCUGUCCUCGGCCAGCGCGAUCACGACGGCUGCACGCGCCCUGUUCCUGCCGCUGACCGCGGGUCUCCUGGUGGCCGCGUUCGCGCUGUUCCCGACGGCCGAGCGCGUGAGCCGCGCCAAGGACAUCCAGAUGAUGACCGGCAUGUCCGGGCGCACCUUCUGGAUCGCCAACUACGUAUUCGACCUGCAGACGUACCUCAUCGUGUGGGCGCUCAUGGGAGUCCUCCACGCCUUCUACUACGCGGUCACCACUGAGACGUUGUUGGCGCUGGUUGUGGCCGUUCUGGCGUUCUCCCUCGUCGCGCUGCCCAUCGCCUACAUGGUGUCGCUCUUUGCCAGGACUCAGCCCGGAGCUUUUUCUUUGAUCGCGCUGAGCUUUACGAUUAUUGGCACGGCGCUCAUGUGGAACGGCCUGAUCCGGUCCGCGGAGCGGCGACACCGGGGCGAGGACCUCGUCAAGCACGGCGUCUACGAGUACCUGAUGGCGCUGGUGCCGGCGUUCGCCUUCCCGCGCGCCCUGACCAAGGCGCUGGAGCUGGACGCAGAGAACCGGGACUGCCUGAACCGGCGCAACACGCUGCUCGCAGGCAGCAGCCUGCUGUGGCACAUGUGUAGCCGCGACCCCAGCUACCACUCCCUGGGAACCGGCAUCUACUACUGCUGCCACAUGGAGCUGACCAACAGCACGGACUGGGAGCCCCUGAGCCCUUUCGGGUUGCACAGCAGUGGCAUCCUGCCCGAGCUGCUGUUCAUGCUGGUGGAGGGCGUGAUGCUGUUCGUGCUGCUCGACCGGUUGGACUCCGGCCGCUUCCUCUGCGCACCACGGCCUCCCGCUCCCGCAGGACAGGGCGCCGAGGCCACCGCUGCCGACGAAGAGGUGCGCGAAGAGCGGAAGCUGGUGGACGCGGUGGUCGCCAACGGAAAGUUCACUAGCGUCGUCAUGGCCGCCAGGGGCCUCGAGAAGAAGUACGGCACGACCGAAGCGGUGCGCAGCGUGUCACUUGCUCUGCGCACCACCGAGUGUCUCGGCCUGCUGGGACUUAACGGCGCUGGAAAGACGACCACGUUGGAGAUGCUGGCUGCUCUGCUGCGGCCCAACAGCGGAGACGCAUACAUUAGCGGCCUCUGCAUGUCACAAAAUCCCAGGAAGUGGCAGUCAGGCGUGGGCUACUGUCUCCAGUCGGGCGGCCUUCUCGAGCAGCUGACGGGCUCCGAAUUUCUGCGGCUGAUGGCCAACUUGCGUGGCAUACCCCUGUCCACCGUCGAACUUAUCGUGAGCAGCCUGCUACGCGUCGUUGGCAUUGACGAGGACGUAGCUAGGCUGCCGUGUGGAUCCUACAGCCAUGGCGACAAGCGCAAGUUAUCUGUGGCAGCGGCUAUGGUGGGGCUACCGCGACUCGUGUUCCUUGAUGAGCCCGUGGCAGGCGUGGACAUCUUGGCGCGGAAGACGAUCUUUCAGGCACUCCAGGCUAUCAUCACAAAGGGAUACUCGUCCAUUAUCCUCUCCUCCAACUCCAUGGACGUGUGCGAGGCGAACUGCAGCCGCGUCGGUAUCUUGGUCUCCGGCCAGCUGCAGUGCCUGGGCAGCGUGCCGCAACUGCUGGUGCGCUUCGGCCGCGGCUUCACGCUGCAGAUCAAGUGCGUCGCCAAGGACGCGAGCAACGCGACCGCCCUCGAGGAAGCCGUGGCCACGCUCUUCCCGGGCAUCCUGCUCACCGACGUGCACCCGGGCCUGUUCCAGUUCGCCAUGAAAGAGAUGCUCCAAUGGAGCGUGCUCUUCGCUCGCGUCAACCAGCUGCACCGGUACUUCCAGCUCGAGUACGUGAACGUAUCCAGCACGGGACUCGAGGAGGUCUUCAUCGACUUCGUGCGCGAUACGCGCCGCCCAGCACUUGCGCCCCCAGGCACCGCGCCCCACGACUCUACACCGGCGGCCGCCAAGGUCCACGCGGCGGCGGUGGCGACGCCGGCGGCAGCCGUAGUUAACGCCGUUGUUCCGGCAGGAACAUCCAAAGGGAUCGCCGCCGCCACCGCGCAAGCCAAACGGGCUGCGCCUUCCACCAGCGCUGCGACGGCCAAGGGCGGUGCGGCGGUGCGGCCUUGAGAAUUUAGGCACUCGAGUGCGCCGGCAACGCAUCCUUGGACUCGAACCUUCGCGCGUAGUUUGUGCGUGUUAACACGCACCGAAUUUCCGCCGCGACGAGACUAUAAUGGCUUGUUUAUGCGCAUGCAAAUACAUAAGUGGAACUAACUAGGUGUCCUUGUUGAGUAUGUCCUCUUCUGUCGAUCUUAUUUUGCGCGAGAAAACCAGUUCGCUC